GUCGCCUUCUUGUCGGAGUUGCACCAUUUCGAAGAAUUUAAUGCCGAGUUGGCUCCUUCAAGCUCAAGCACAUCAUCGGCGGUUUCACGGGAACUCAAAGCUACAUAGCCCUCACCGCAACUCUGCAAUUUCAAACCCCAUCCAAAUUCAGAGAUUUUUUUGCCAAGCAGCCCCUGUAAAGCCAGUCGGCAGGUCGUCCUCCGUGAUCUCUGGUAAUCUGGGGUUUCUCAAACCCCUGGACAAAUAUCGUGGGGCAUCGCCUCAGUUCUGCAAUCCCAUCCAGCCGUUUCAAGAUUCCACAUUCGCCAAGUCGAGAUCGCAGAUCUCAGAUCUCGGGAUUCACUCACCUAACCAUACAAGGUGCACCGACUGGAGGUUUAUCCUGCCUUGUCCAUCAGCUCUCGAACCACCAUGUUGCUUGCCAUGAGGG